UGUAAUGAUGGUUAUUGGGGUAUAAAAUGUGAGAAACAAUGUCCUACAAACUGUAGACUGUCUAAAUGUGAUAAGAACAAUGGAUAUUGUAGUGAAUGUAAGAAUUAUUACUGGGGAGAUAAAUGUGAAGAGCGAUGUUCAGUUAACUGUAUAGAUCAUCCCUCUAUUACUUGUUAUAAAACUAGUGGUAAAUGUAACUCUGGUUGUAAAGAUACAUGGUAUGGUGAUACAUGUAAUAAUACCUGUCUAGAUAACUGUAUUAGUUGUAAUAAUAAUCAAUGUACAAGUUGUAAGACAGGAUGGUAUGGUAAUCAAUGUAAAACUAGAUGUAAUAGUAAUUGUAUCAAUGGAUGUGAUCAAGCUACAGGAAGAUGUACAAGUUGUAAAGCGGGAUAUUAUGGAAACAAAUGUACCGAACAGUGUAUUAACAGUUGUCCUGGUGAUUGUGAAGAGGAUUCUGGACAUUGUAAAUCAUGUAAAUCAGGAACAUUUGGUAAUUAUUGUAAUGAAACAUAUUGUCCCAAUGGAACAUAUGGAUUAAGAUGUAGCUCUACCUGUGGUAAUUGUUAUAACCAAACUAUCUGUCAUAUCGUAACUGGUGCUUGUGAUCUAGAGCUGGGCUGUGAAGCUGGUUUUCAAGGACCAACUUGUAAAGAA